AUGAGUGUUUUACUGAAGGGCGAGACAGGGUACGGGCUGAUGUCGCUGACAUGGCGGCCGACGCCUGUGCCGCGCGAGCAGGCGUUUGCGACGAUCAACAAUGCCAUUUCUGAGGGCAUUGAGGUAUUCAACAGCGGCGAGUUUUACGGCAAUUUUCCAAACGACAAGCAUGCGAAUUUGGAGCUUUUGAAGGCGUAUUUUGAAGAGUACCCGGACUCGAGGUCCAAGAUGGUAAUUUCCGUGAAAGGUUGUAUUGACAUACCCAAUCCUCCGGACAAUUCUCCGGAGAACGUUGCCAAGUCGAUCCGCAACAUUGCGUCGUAUUUCCCCGGCAAAAAGUUUGACAUUUUCGAGCCAGCGCGGAUGGACACGAAGCAUGCCGUCGAGGACGUGGUCAAGAGCAUUAUUCCGUUCGUGGAGGACGGCACGAUCCGCGGGAUCUCGCUUAGCGAGGUUGGAGCGGACACAAUUCGCCGUGCUGCCAAAGUGCACCCCAUCUCGUGCGUGGAGGUGGAGUUCUCGCUGUGGACGCGGGACAUUUUGACCAACGGCGUGAUGGAUACGUGCCGCGAGCUAGGGAUCCCGGUCGUGGCGUACUCGCCGCUCGGGCGCGGGUACCUAACGGGCCAGAUCAAGUCUGUGAAGGAUAUUCCAGCGGGCGACAUACGGCACCAUUUGGACCGGUUUGCCUCGGAGGAGGCUCUCGCACGUAACAUGGGCAUGGUGAAGCUGGUGGAGCAGCUGGCCGCACAGAAGAAGUGCACGCCCGCCCAGAUCGCGCUGGCGUGGGUCCGCAAACACAGCGAGUUCCCUGAGAAGUACGCACGGGUGAUUCCGAUCCCGUCCUCGUCCACGCCCGAACGCAACCACGAGAACAACACCCUGGUGAAACUGACCGACGGCGAGUUUGCUACGCUGAACGAGCAGCUCGCGAAGAUCACCGUGUCGGGCCUGCGGUACAACGCCCACGCAGAGGCGUUCCUCGAAAAAUAG